AUGCCUCUUCUGCAACAUAUAUUGGACACAGACUUGGAGCGGUUAGCCCUGGACCUGAUUGUCCCGUCCCUUCUUGACCAAGGAUUCUUUUACGUGGAUAACUUUCUAGGAGAAUUGGUUGGACACAUUGUUUUGGACCAAGUCAAAGAGCUGCACAACUCUGGAGUUCUGCAGGAUGGACAGCUGGCUGGUCCUGGCCGGAGUUCCGGGGUUUCCACAAGGAACAUUCGGGGUGACAAGAUAGCCUGGGUCAGUGGAGUUGAAAGGGGGUGCGAGGCUAUUAACGUCCUCCUUACAUUAAUCGAUAAGUUGGUUUCUCAUUGCAUCGGCCGACUUGGGAAAAGCAUAAUUCGAGAAAGAUCAAAGGUAAAUUGUGCGACAAUUGUGCGUAAAUUGCGUGCAUAUCCGUGGUUUGAAGGUGGGAAAAAUGUGUGAUCACUUUGUCCUAAUAUUCUAUUUGAUUAUGUUAAUAUAGUAGCUAGGGCUGUGAAUUCUAAACGAUAUUUAAGGGAUAAUCAACGAGGGGCUAUGCGUUAUAUGGAAAAUAAUGCACAAUGACAUGUGGAAGGUGUGUCCCACAACGAGUAGCGGAGUGGCACUAACCUUCGACGGAGUUGCUUUGUUUAACAGAGAACGCAUGGAACACAAAGUUGACUAUCCUGCUUAUACCACGGCUAUAAUUGAACACAUUUGCUGCUAGAAAUGUGUUCAACAUCAACUGAAGUAGCUAGCUAGCAAGUUUACGAGAUAGCCACAGUAGUUGCCUUGGACGUGACCAAACAAACAGACUUGCUAGAUAAGAAACCAUCCUCAUAGCUUGCUAUUAUGAAAAUCGAAUUCAACAACCCCAAUCAUGUUUUCAAUUUGACUUUUGCUUUCAAAAGCAGCUCAAACAUAGAACAUGUAAGAAUGAACUUCAUAGCCAUUUUAAUAUUACCAUGCAUUAUAGGGAAAUAAUGCACGAUCUAGAAUAUCCUUCAAGCCAAUCAGAAACGAUUAUUCAACAAUGCCAUGGUAUAAUUAAGCAAUAAGGCACAAGAGGCAGUGCUGUAUCAUGAAUACAGUCGCAGGUAAAUGGCGUUGUUAGGCCCGAGGCGAUAGCGGAGGGCCAGUCAACCCAUUUACCUGUGACUAUAUUCAUGAUACAGCACUACCUCGUGUGUCUUCUGAAAAAAUGAUUGUUGUCUAUCAACAAUGACAAGCCACCGGGGUUUGACAACUUGGAUGGAAAAUUACCGAGGAUAAUAGCAGACGAUAUUGCCACUCCUAUUUGCCAUAUUUUCAAUUUAAGCCUACUAGAAUCUGUGUGCUCCCAGGCUUGGAGGGAAGCAAAAGUCAUUCCGCUAUCUAAGAAUAGUAAAGCCCCCUUUACUGGUUCAAAUAGCCGACCAAUUAGCCUGUUACCAACCCUUAGUAAACUAUUGGGAAAAAAUAGUUUGACCAGGUACAAUGCUAUUUUACAGUAAACAAAUUGACAACAAACUUUCAGCAUGCUUAUAUAGAAGGACAUUCAACAAGCACAGCACUUACACAAAUGACUGAUUGGCUGGGAGAAAUUGAUGAUAAAAAGAUUGUGGGGGCUGUUUUGUCAGACUUAAAUGCGGCUUUUGACAUUAUCGAUCAUAGUCUGCUGCUGGACAAACUCAUGUGUUAUGGCUUUACUCCCCCUGCUAUAUUGUGGAUACAGAGUUACCUGAACACAGAGGGUGUUUUGUAAUGGAAGCCUCUCCAACAUAAUCCAGGUAGAAUCAGGAAUUCCCCAGGGCAGCUGUCUAGGCCCAUUACUUUUUUCAAUCUUUGAGUAAAGCCAGUGUGUAUGCGGAUGACUGUACACGUCAGCUACCACAGCGACUGAAAUGACUGCUACACUUAACAAAGAGUUGCAGUUAGUUUCAGAGUGGGUGGCAAGGAAUAAAUUAUUCCUAAAUAUUUCUAAAACUAAAAGCAGUGUAUUUGGGACAAAUCAUUCACAAAACCCUAAAUCUCAACUAAAUCUUGUAAUAAAUAAUGUGGAAAUCGAGCAAGUUGAGGUGACUAAACUGCUUGGAGUAGCCCUGGAUCGUAAACUGUUGUGGUCAAAACAUAUUGAUACAACAGUAGCUAAGAUGGGGAGAAGUAUGUUGAUAAUUAAGCACUGCUCUACCUUCUUAACAGCACUAUCAACAAGGCAGGUCCUACAGGCCCUAGUUUUGUCACACCUGGACUACUGUUCCGUCGUGUGGUCAGGUGCAACAAAAAAGGACUUAGGAAAAUUACAAUUGGCUCAGAACAGUGCAGCACGUCUGGCCCUUGGAUGUACACAGAGAGCUAAUAUUAAUAAUAUGCAUGUCAAUCUCUCCUGGCUCAAAGUGGAGGAGAGAUUGACUUCAUCACUACUUGUAUUUAUGAGAAGUAUUGACAUGUUGAAUGCACCAAGCUGUCUGUUUGAACUACUGGCGCACAGCUCAGACAACCAUGCAUACCCCACAAGACAUGCCACCAGAGGUCUCUUCACAGUCCCAAAGUCCAGAACAGACUAUGGGAGGCACACAGUACUACAUAGAGCCAUGACUACAUGGAACUCUAUUCCACAUCAAGUAACUGAUGCAAGUAGUACAAUUAGAUUUAAAAAACAGAUAAAAAACAUCUUAUGGAAGAGCGGGGACUGUGAAGCAACACAAACAGCAGCUAAUGGGGAUCCAUAAUAAAUACAAAUCUCACCACCGCUAAUGAGAUGGGUUUGCUUGAUGCAUGACGCGUCGGAGCUUCUCAAAGUCAGGGGGCGUGGUCGACAGUGUCACUUCAUCUCUGCUCUCACAUCCAACCUGGAUCGAUAUUUGGUUUUAAUGCAGACGAGAGCACUGAAUCUAGCUUCACACAGAUAUGAGCUGGCAAAGGGUAGCCUACCAUGAGUUUUAUGGUGCUUUCAAGACAACUGGGAACUUGGAAAAAUACGAGCUCAAAUCAUGAUGUCAGUGAUCUUUAGGUCGGAAAGUCAGAGCUCUAGAAAGGCCUGAGUUCCCAAGUUGGAAUUCCAAGUUAGAUGACCGUUCAAAGAUUUUUCCCAGUCGGAGCUCGUUUCUUUCCAAGCUCCCAGUUGUCUUGAACGUACUGAAGUCGGAAGUCUGAGAUUUCCGAGUUCCCAGGUAAGAGUUCCCAGUGUUUUGAACGCGGCAUUAAUGCUCAAAAGGGAGACUGUAGGGUAUUCCCUUUUAGUCCCUUUGGCCUGCCCACCAUUCCGUGAUGGAUGGAGCCUCAUCUGUGCAAAAAUAUGGAAUCAGUUUUUCAUCAAUAUAGCCACGCAACACACUGAACAUCCCAUAUGCCGUUUCAUUCUCGGGAAUUGUGAGAAAGAUAGGACAGACUGACCCUAGCACCCCGGCAAAUAGACUAUUGCAGCAUAGAUACUGGGGACUGAGACGGGGGGUCGGGGGACACUGCACAUCCCACCACCUCCCUUCUCUCUUUCUCACAUGCCUGCAUCCUGCUCCCAACCUUAUGUAGACAAACCAUUUAUCAGGUGGACUGAUUAUAAAAACAACUGGAGUAACAACAAAAACUAGCUGUUGUUUACCUUGAUUUUUAAAUUAAAGGAAGGCAAUAAGAAGAACAAAAACAUUCUGAAUGAUCUGUAAAAGGAUUUAUAGAUAUAAAUCUAUGGAUGUAUAGAGCGAGAGAGAGAGAGGGGGAGGGAGGUAGGUAGACCUAGCAGUACUACAUGAAGAGUCUGCUGGCUCACGCUCCACACGUAGCACUGUCAUUAAACCUUCAACAUCCUGGCAGCCUUCCAGCUUUGCUCUGUGUGGACUUCCCCUUCCUCGCUCUCUUCCUUUCUCUCUUGUUUCACAUGUUUUCACUCUUCUUUGACAACACUGUGCGAACAUGCAUACACUCCCCCAAUGUAGACAGUAACAGUCCUAAUACUCCUUUCCUCAGCACGUGCUGACAGGAGAUAUGAUGCUGUGCAAAUAAACUAAAGGAUCACUUUAUCAGAUAAGACCCUUGUGACGUUGCUUCUGAAGAGUGAUUUUAUUGCAGCUUUAUUAUAUAGGUGUAUGCAUAUAUCAAUCGUUCAAUAAUCAAAGGAGAGAGAAAUGUUUAAUUAUAUGAUGCAUGUCUAAAGGUUGCUGUUAAAUUGUAAACGUAAUUUUCCCUGAAAUAAGACCACAGAUUUGUCCCUUUGCAUUGUAACCUAGCUACUGGAAAGGAAAUGCGUUUUUAUUUGUCCACAGCUGUCCUUGACACACAACCUUCAGGGAAGUCACUUGUUAAGCAACGCAGUGGCUGAAUUCAAUGUGUAGGCAGUCUGAGUCCAGUGACCUUUUUCUGUACUGUGAGGGUCAAAGGUUCCUCCAUAUGCAGGAACGGGACCUCAGGACCUCCUGUUUCCUGAGGGUUAGGAAGGUACAGCUGUUUUGUUGGGCUGAGAGAAAAGGGCUGUGCAACCACAAGGUCAAAUAUGAGGUGCUUAAAUUUGUCCUGUUGCACACAUACUGUACAAUUGUGUGGUGAAAUGGAAAUGUGGUUUUUGCAUAUCCCACUCCCCCAAUUAGGGUUAAGUGCCAUUUUCAAGGACAGAUCGACAGAUUUUUUAUUUAGUCGGCUCGGGGAUUCAAACUAGCAACCUUUCGGUUACUGGCCCAACGCUCUAACCGCUAAGCUACCUGCCGCAUAUUGUGGAAUCAUAUGGCUAUCUAUAUCCUCAUCAUGUUUCAACAAAACAUUUGGAUCCAAUCCUGUUCCUUUGCAUCUGCACUGUAGCACACAUGCUAAAUAUCACACGUUGCCAAAAUAAAAUAUAAUUUGACAAAAUGUUGCCUUGGCUGGGCCUCUAGCAAACCUUCUAUCUGAUCCAAUGUAUCCACUAUUGGCCCUUGACCACAAGCGUCUUCAUUAGCAUUGCUUUGAGGGCUUUUCUUGGCUUUCUUAUUACAAGAUAAAUGUUUUGCAACCAAGAUAUUUACCCAUCAAUCUCUUGUUCUAUUUUUGUCUCUGAUAUGCAGACACUAUUUCUGUAUUCUUAGAAUAUUCCAAGGCCACUGAAAAAUGCACAAAUACUUUCCCACACAAAGGCUUCUGUAACAGGGUACACUACAGUCUGUUGUUUGUUACAUAUUAUCACAUGAUUAAUGAUGAUCAGCGAGUAUACUAAAUAUAAUGUGUAAUGGACUGAGAAUGUAUGUUUUGUUUUGUGUUUGUCUAUUUCAGGCAAUGGUGGCGUGCUAUCCAGGAAAUGGGACAGGAUAUGUGAAACAUGUGGACAAUCCCAAUGGUGACGGUCGCUGUGUCACCUGUAUCUACUACCUGAACAAGAACUGGAACACAGAGGUGGAGCAGCAGAUUAAUUACAUAUGCAUUCCAUAUUUAUUACAUAUUACAUUAACUACACAUUAUUAUUAUUAUUAUUAUUAUUACAUAUUUAUUGAAUAUGUAUUACACAUUAUUACAUAUAUACAUUUCUUACACAUUCUUAUUACAUGUAUUUGUCACCUAUUCUAAAAUAGGUGCAAUCAACGGCAAUCCUUUUAAAUUACACUUACAUUUUCAAGAAAGUCCCUGUUUUUUGUAUUUUUCGAUGAUUGUUUAGUUCCCAAUAUAACAUAAUGAACGAUUGUCAUUAUAUUUAAGCAAGGUUUAUUUUUAGACUAUGAAAAUGUGAGAUAUUGCCAUCAAAAAAGUAUGCCCACCACUUGUUGGAAAACCCCAUCUGGCUUCUGAUCUUUGUAAAUUGCAGACCAAGUCUCUUAAGCUUAACUUCUUAUUCUGUAAAGCUGAAGUCAACAAUAUGUAUUUGUUAUUUUGCAGGAGCAUGGAGGAAUUCUUAGGAUUUUUCCAGAGGGCAAAUCCUACGUUGCAGAUGUUGAGCCCCUGUUUGACAGACUGUUGUUCUUCUGGUCAGAUAGAAGGAAUCCACACGAAGUGCUGCCGUCAUAUGCAACAAGGUCUGUUUGAUGCAUCAUACUGUUAUUAUAUAGAUAAAUACUCUUUUAAUUCAUAUACACUACCGGUCAAAGGUUUUAGAACACCUACUCAUUCAAGGGUUUUUCUUUAUUUUUACUAUUUUCUACAUUGUAGAAUAAUAUAUAUAUUUUAUAUUUGAGAUUCUUCAAAUAGCCACCCUUUGCCUUGAUGACAGCUUUGCACACUCUUGGCAUUCGCUCAACCAGCUUCACCUGGAAUGCUUUUCCAACAGUCUUGAAGGAGUUCCCAUAUAUGCUGAGCACUUGUUGGCUGCUUUUCCUUCACUCUGUGGUCCGACUCAUCCCAAACCAUCUCAAUUUGGUUGAGGUCGGGGGAUUGUGGAGGCCAGGUCAUCUGAUGCAGCACUCCAUCACUCUCCUUCUUGGUAGAAUAUAUCUUACACAGCCUGGAGGUGUGUUGGGUCAUACCAUAACACCUCCUCCUUCAUGCUUUACGGUGGGAAAUACACAUGCAGAGAUCAUCCGUUCACCCACACCGUGUCUCACAAAGACCGGUCUAAUGUCCAUUGCUCGUGUUUCUUGGCACAAGCAAGUCUCUUCUUAUUAUUGGUGUCCUUUAGUAGUGGUUUCUUUGCAGCAAUUUGACCAUGAAGGCCUGUCUCCUCUGAACAGUUGACGUUGAGAUGUCUGUUACUUGAACUCUGUGAAGCAUUUAUUUGGGUUGCAAUUUCUGAGGCUGGUAACCUUAAUGAACUUAUCCUCUGCAGCAGAGGUAACUCUGGGUCUUCCAUUCCUGUGGCGGUCCUCAUGAGAGCCAGUUUCAUCAUAGCACUUGAUGGUUUUUGUGACUGCACUUGAAGAAACGUUCAAAAUUCUUGACAUUUUCCGUAUUGACCUUCAUGUCUUAAAGUAAUGAUGGACUGGUGUUUCUCUUUGCUUAUUUGAGCUGUUCUUGCCAUAAUAUGGACUUGGUCUUUUACCAAAUAGGGCUAUCUUCUGUAUACCUCCCUACCUUGUCACAACACAACUGAUUGGCUCAAACGUAUUAAGAAGGAAAGAUAUUCCACAAAUGUAACUUUUAAGAAGGCACACCUGUUAAUUGAAAUAAUUACACUUUUUUGGUUACUACAUGAUUCCAUAUGUGUUAUUUCAUAGUUUUGAUGUCUUCACUGGUAUUCUACAAUGUAGAAAAUAGUAAAAAUAAAGAAAAACCCUUGAAUGAGUAGGUGUGUCCAAACUUUUGACUGGUAGUGUACAAAAAGGUCUUAAUCUGCUGUUGAAUGUAUCAUAAUAUUGUUAUUAUUAUUAUUAUUAUACAGAUUUUCAUAAAAUGAUAGAUGCAAUGUAAUUAUGUAUUAAUAAUAAUUGUGAAUCUUGCUAUGUUCCAGAUAUGCUAUAACAGUGUGGUAUUUCGAUUCAGAAGAAAGAGCAGAGGCAAAGAGACGGUUCAGAGUCUUAACAGGUACAGUUCUCCAUUUGAUCAAUCAAUGUGUAAACAAAAACAUCUGCUAACGCUUUACAUUAAGUUGCUCUUAUUCCUAUGCAGUAAUUACUACAGUUAAUGCAUUGUAUUUAUAUAGUACUAAGAUUAGGUUACAACCUGUAUCCUAAUCAUUAAUGGCAUUCAUCUGUCUUUUUCAGCCUCCACUCAGGACCAGGACGGAAGCACCAUGUGA